GUUUUUAUUGCCUGUUCCAUCCCUGGCUCUGCAGGGAAAGAUAGUGCAGGGUACCGUGGGAAGGCAGAACGGAGGUUCCUGUGAGUGUGCAUUGGAAAAUAAUUGCACGCAGUCAAAGCCAUUCAUUCAAGACCUUGAGGAGCACAGCUCAGUAAUUCAGCACCACAGUCUAGAGGACACCGUACAACACACAACGCAACGGAGGACAGCAAAUUCCAGUGGAUGGAUUCAACCAGUGGUACAAUUCUAAGACUUAAAAUAUAUUCAAGAUAGAAUAUAAAGUUUUGACAUAGGCUUAACUACAGUGAUAUUUCAGAGGAAAACUUCGUUGGAUAAAGAGUUUAGCCACUCUUCGCUUGCGUAAUGCUGGUGUAGGCAACAGUGAUAUUUGGGAUGACUGAAUGCGCCAGGCGCCUGGAAUCGGGGUCUAGAUACUGUAGGCGUUAGGAGUGUUGUGGAGCUGCCGGAGAGCCCCUUCAUUAUUAAGAAGGAUGCUGGUGGGAAAUGCCUGGAGACAGAGAGGACGAGAUUUUUCGAAAGGCUCUGGAACUGCUGUCGGAUCUCUGUUCUAGGGGCGAAGUGCAAAACGACAACUGUGUGGAUUUUAUAUACUAUUUUCGAGAUCUUGCCAGACCAAGACACUCAGACUCAGAUUUGUCAGUGAGCCUGCUGUCUCUGGUGGUGACCACCUGUGGCCUAGCCCUUUUCGGGGUCUCACUUUUCGUCUCGUGGAAGCUGUGCUGGGUGCCAUGGCGCGACCGUGGCCUCCCCAGCGGCCUGAAGGAUGGCCAGGGGGACCAGCAGCCAGUCAUGAUGGAGGUGGAUGGGGUGGAGAAUGAGUACAGUGAAGACUGUGUCAAGGAGCCUUCAGGCCUGGUAGUCCCCGAGGCAAUCAUGAAGAUCAGCCACACAUCCCCAGACAUCCCCCUGGAGGCCCAGUCCAAGCUCAAGGAGAACCAUGUCCGCCACAUCACCCGCGUGCAGCGCCAGAUCACUGAGCCCACCUCCUCUGUCCGGCACAACUCCAUCCGCCGCCAAAUGAACCUAUCCAACCCAGACUUCAACAUUGGCCAGUUCCAGAGACAGGAGUCCCUGGCCACUCUGGGCCGGAUCAAACCCGAGCUCUAUAAGCAACGCUCUGUGGACACGGACGACGGCAGGAAGACGGACAGCUGCGGCCGCAUACAUUUCAUCCUCAAGUUCGACUGUGACCUGGAGCAGCUCAUCAUCAAGAUCCACAAGGCCCAGGAUUUACCGGCCAAGGAUUUCUCAGGAACCUCUGACCCUUACGUCAAAAUCUACCUGCUCCCCGACCGUAAGACCAAGCACCAGACCAAGGUGCACCGCAAGACCCUCAACCCUGUGUUCGACGAGGUCUUCCUGUUCCCUGUGGCCUACACUGAGCUGCCCACACGCAAACUGCACUUCAGCGUCUACGACUUUGACCGCUUCUCCCGCCACGACAUCAUUGGCCAGGUGCAGGUGGAUAACUUCCUGGACCUAGCAGACUUCCCCAGAGAGACUAAACUCUGUAGGGACAUCCAGUACGUCACCUCGGACAAUGUGGACUUGGGGGAUCUCAUGUUCUCCCUGUGUUACCUACCAACGGCUGGAAGGCUAACCAUCACAAUGAUCAAGGCUAGGAACCUCAAAGCCAUGGACAUCACUGGAGCCUCAGAUCCCUAUGUGAAGGUGUCUUUGAUGUGUGAGGGACGGAGAUUGAAGAAGAGGAAAACGUCCACCAAGCGAAACACUCUGAAUCCAGUCUACAACGAAGCCAUAGUAUUUGAUGUCCCUCCUGAGAACAUUGAUCAGAUCAGUCUCCUAAUAGCAGUGAUGGACUACGAUCGGGUAGGUCACAAUGAGGUCAUUGGAGUGUGUAGGGUGGGCAAUGAGGCGGAGAGCCUGGGCCGAGACCACUGGAACGAGAUGUUGUCAUACCCUCGCAAGCCCAUCGCCCACUGGCACCCCCUGGUAGAGUGGAUGGGUCAGGGGACUGCAGGUGAAAGCCAGGGCGGUUCCACCAACUCUCUAAAGACUCCUCCCUCACCAUAAAGAGAACACAGGGUGGUGAAGGAGAGGAACAGCAGAGACCCCAAGCAUCAAGAGAGGAGGAGAGAUCAGUAUGCUAGUAAUGGUAGAUGUUACACUUGGUUUCCCCGACAUAGAUUAAGUUUAGUGCUGAACUAAAAAGCAUGCUCAAUUUGAAAGUGCUUACUGAUCCAGGACAGGCUUAAAACUUCUUCAGGAUUGGUGGGUCCCCUGCGGGACGGUUGCACUAACGUAGGCUAAUGUGAUUAGCAUGAGGUUGUAAGUAACAAGAACAUUUCCCAGGACAUAGACCUAUCUGAUAUUGGC